GUUAUGUAAAAACAAAAUAAAAAUCUAGAUGAAAUAAAUGAAAGGUUGAAUUCUUUUGCUUAAAAAUUGUAGUAAGAAAAGAUUGAAUUAUCAUACAACUAAUAUGAUGAAUGGGCUCCUUAGGAAGUAAAAUUAGUCUCAGUUUCUUUAAAUAAUUAAAUUUUGAAUUUUCAUCUUUGUGGAUCUUGUCAAUAUGGAUCUUGGAAUUAGAUGGGGGCAAUAACUAUUAGUAACGAUAAUCAAGUUGAAACAUUUUCAAGAAAACUGUAUGAUGAACCUGAUAUUCAUGGAGGUGAUGUCUUAAUAUAUUACGGAACAUUUGAUGAAUAAAUUUAAACAUUUGUUGGAAAUUGGUACUAUCUUGAACAUUAGAUGAGUGGAGAAUGGUAUCUAAAAUUUAAAGGUUAAUGA